CUCGAAACCACAAGACACCACCAGAGAGAGUUCGCCGCGCUUCCGCGCGCCUCUCGAUCGAGAGCAGCAGCAGCGAUGCCGUCGCCGCGCCGGGCCGUGAAUCUCCGGUGGUCUUCGUUGGAGACGGAGGUGGAGGCGGCGAUCGCGGUGGAGGGCGGGUGCGGGGUGGACCUCGCGAUGGUCGGCCGGGCGCUGGGGCUGGACCCGGCCACCGUCCGCCUCAACGGCUACUUCGUCAGCCGCGGGCGCGGCCACGUCUCCUCCGCCGUCACGUGGCGCGCGCUCCUCGACUUCUUCGCCGCGCGCGGGCUGCCCACGGGCGACGCCCCCGCCGCGCCCGUCGCCGUCCACGGCAAGCCCGCGCCUCCUCCUCCUCCUCCCCCGGUGUCAGAUUGUACAAUCAAUGUUUGCCCAAAGCGGAAAUUUGGGUUGGUUUCAGAUUGUACAACCGAGAUCUGUCCAAAGCGAAAAUUUGGGUUGGUUUCAGAUUUUACAACCGAGGUCUGCCCAAAGCGAAAAUUCGGGUUGGCUUCAGAUUGUACAACAGAGGUCUGCCCAAAGAGAAAAUUUGGGUUGGUUUCAGAUUGUACAACCGAGGUCUGCCCAAAGCGAAAAUUUGGGUUGUAUGCUGGAAAAAGUCUUAAGAAGAGCAAGAAUUCCGAAGAUGGAGUUCUGUCUAGAACUGGGGCUGAUAUACUUAGCGAUGAAAUCACCCUUGGUUUGAAGAGAAGACUAAAAUUGGAUGACGCCAAUCCAGCUAAGAAGAUGAAGCAAAUAGAAUGCAACACAGAAACACAGCAGCCGGUUAAGUUCUCCUGCAGCUUCAUCAACGGGCACGGAAAGCGGUCACGGGACGAGGAGAUGAUUACCUCAUUCUCAUGCAAAAGAGUUAGAUGACUGGAAAUCUUUCUGGAAUGAUCGAGGCUACUUGAAGCUGUGGUCAUGAAUUGAUAUGUCAAGUAAGCUUGCUGCGGUUGUUGUAUAAUGAAGUACUGUGUAUUUUCCAUGUACAUCCUUCUGUCUGAUAUGAUCCCGAACUGCAAAUGUGUUCUCUGUGAGAAAAGUAGACCCUGGUUUUAGAAUGUUGUAAAUCAUACUUCCAUCACCAUAGUUCCAGAAAUUGUCAAUGGUUAAUUUGGCAGUUUAUGGCACUAGGACAAAUUACUCUCAUUUGUUUUUAGCAUAUCUGUGCAUAGUUCAUUCAAUCCAAGAUAGAGAAACUGCUGAAUUGCAGCAUAGAAUUUGCGGUUGUUCUCGUGUUCGUAUAUGUACCGACCGCAAAUUUUUCUAACAAUGUAUCUGAGCUCAAGGUUGCUCAAGGGUUGAGCCUUGGGUGCGUGAUAUCACUGGCAUGGACAAUGGUGGAGCCAGAAAUAUAAACCUAUGAGAUCAAUUACUAGUUAUUUGUAUUUAA